GCCGGUGGCGGUCUCGGCGGCGGGAGCUUUGCCGGCGCCGCUCAACUCCACUCCGCUCUCUAUGUCGGUUGCCCGUGGCAGGCCCUGUGUUUACUUCCGGCGGCCCGGAGCCGCGCUGCAUGGGGCGUGGGGGCGGCAGCCCGCCGCCAGCUGCCAUGGCCGACCCCGCCGAGGAGGACGAGCUGCCGGUGCCCGAAUCAGGUGCUAUUUUCACAUUUGGAAAAAGCAGAUUUGCAGAAGAUAUUCCUAGCAAGUUCUGGUUCAAAAAUGAUACGCCUGUACUUAUAUCAUGUGGAGAUGAACAUACUGCUAUUGUUACAGGGAAUGGUAAACUAUACAUGUUCGGCAGUAACAACUGGGGCCAAUUAGGGCUAGGAUCAAAGAAUACUGUCAGCAAACCAACAUGUGUUAAAGCUUUAAAACCAGAAAAAACAAAACUUGCUGUUUGUGGAAGAAACCACACUUUAGUUUACACAGAAAAAGGAAAUGUGUAUGCUGCUGGAGGUAACAGUGAAGGCCAGUUGGGAUUAGGUGACACAGAGGAAAGAACCACAUUUCAUGUAAUUAGUUUUUUUACCAACCAGCACAAGAUCAAACAGCUAGCAGCUGGAUCAUACACCUCAGCAGCAGUAACUGAGGAUGGGCAGCUUUUUGUCUGGGGUGACAAUUCAGAAGGCCAGAUUGGCUUGGCUGGUGAAGCCUAUGUCAGCAUCCCUUGUCAAGUGGAUGUUGGUAAACCUGUUGCCUCUAUAUCCUGUGGAUAUUAUCACUCUGCCUUGGUAACAGGAGAUGGUGAGCUCUACACGUUUGGAGAAGCUGAGAAUGGGAAACUGGGAUUAUUGCCUGAACAACUGAAGAACAAUAGAGUCCCACAGCCUGUACUUGGAAUUAUGGAAAAAGUUAAUAAGGUUGCUUGUGGUGGAGAGCACACAGUGGUGCUGACGGAAAGAGAUGUGUAUACUUUUGGACUUGGACAGUAUGGGCAGCUGGGACAUGGUACUUUUAUUUUUGAAACUUCAGUACCAAAGUCUGUGAAACACUUGAGGAAGCACAGAAUACGUAACAUUACAUGUGGGGAAAAUCAUACUGCUGUAAUUGCAGAGAAUGGCCUCAUGUUUACUUUUGGAGAUGGGCGACAUGGCAAGUUAGGUCUUGGAGAAGAGAAUUUUACCAAUCAGUUUGAUCCCACUCUGUGUUAUAAUUUCUUGAGGUUCACAGUCCUUUUGGUUGCUUGUGGUGGUUGUCAUAUGCUAGUUUUUGCUGCUCCAAGAACGAAAGGAGCUGAAGAAGUACUCUUAGAAGAUUUACAUGAGAGCCAUUUGACUUCUACUAUCUCUAAAAUGAGUGAAGACUCCCAGAUAACAAACACAUUACAACUCACAUCAGCACGACUUCGACGUCGGGAGAGGGAAAAGUCACCAGAACAGUUUAUUCGAAUGGCACAAACUCUGCCUCCACUGGGAAAAAGCUUCUUAAAGUCUUCGUUGCCUGUGACUAGCAACACUACCCCAUUUAGUUUUUCUGCAAUAAGUGUCCCUAAACCUGGACCUGUGGAGAACAGAGACCAUGAAAAAGAAGAGAAUAAUCAAAAAGAUAAACCUGGUGAAAGCUCUGCAGAAGAAGAUUCAGAUAAUGAAAAUGAUGACAGAAACCUUGGGGAUACUACUGACGUCUUAAAUAUGACACAUGUGAUGAAACUGAAUCCCAGUGACCAAUCCUUAAAAUUGUCACCGCUCCAAAAACAAAAGGAACAAAAUUUGUAUGGAGAUGAAGAUACAGAUGAUGAUGACGAUGAUGAUGAUGAAGAAACAGAGGAAGAAGAAACAGAAGAAAAAGAAGAAGCACAGGGAGAAGAAGCAGAAGGAGAAGAAGCAGGUGGCAGAGGGGAAGGAACAGAUAAAGAAGAUGAAAUAGAGGAAAAUCAUGGAAAAGAGAAACAUAGAACAUCUGAGGAAGAAAAGAGCAGUAGUAGUGCAGUGGAAUCUAUGGAGACAGCAGAGACUACUCAGAAAGAGACCAUCAUUCAGCAAGAAAAAGAAAGCACUGACAAUCACACUGUGAACAGUUCUUCAGAGAACACUGCUGACCAAAUAACUGGAGGAACUGUUGGGAGAAAAAAGUUUUCCCUGUUUAAGCGAAAGCCACCGACAGGCCAGAAGAAUGUAUGUAGCAGAAAGGAAGAUAGACCUGGAAAGACAGUAGAGAGUGAAGGAAAAGAAAAGGAAGAUGCAUCUGUUGAAGACAGUAAAGAUGAAAACCAGAAUCAUACCUUGGAGAAUUCUGGAGAAACUGUGACUGACCAGGACAGAAGGAUAAAAUCUUCUACUUGUAUAUUGCUCUAAUACUGUUAGAAUAUGUAAGAAUGUGACAGAC